AUGCUGCCAGCACUCCAUGUGAUUAGGACAGUGCUGAUCAUUGUAACAUGGCCAUGUGGGACCAUCCUGAACUUAUCCAUUAUAGCUGUCUAUCUCAGCGACUGGAAGAAGGGAAUUCAGCUUGGAGAGUGCAAUCAGCUCAGCCUCAUUAUGGGAUGCACCAACCUGUUCUUGCAGUGCUUCAUAACAUCAGGAGUGACAUUUAUUACCUAUGGACUGCACCUACCAUUUGCCUUAAAAGUCUCUAUUGCUGUUGGAACUGUGCUUUGGUUUUCUGUUUAUCUCUCAUUUUGGCUCACAGCCAUUCUUUGCAUCUGCUACUGCCUGAGACUGGUCAAUUUCUCCCCUAAAUUCUUUAUUCCGUUAAAAAGGAGACUGUCUCACACUGUUACCCCACUCCUUCUGUGGUCAGUAGCAAUUUCAUUCAUUAUUACUGUUCCAACGAACUGGACAUCAGACACAUCAACUGACCAGAAUACAACAAUGUAUUAUCAUUUUAUUUCCAAUGCUAAAGUUAUUUAUUUGGUCCUUAAUGCUGUAUUUGGUAUCUGCCUGCCCUCCAUUAUUACUUCUAUUUGUAUUUUACUUACUCUGAUAUCGCUCUUGAGGCACAUCCAGAGAAUGAAGCAGAAUACUCAGUUUGGGAGUCCUCAGCUUAAGAACCUUACAAGAGCUUGUAGGACAAUGAUACUACUCAUGGCUCAGAAUUCGAUUUUCUCCCUGAUAAUUUUGAUUUCAGUGCUACCCCCAUGUAGUGUGGAAACUAUAUGGCAAACUGUGAUUUAUGCAUGUGUUAUAUUAAACCCCUCAGGUCAAACCAUUGUUUUGAUCUUUGGAAAUUUCAAAUUGCUCAGAGCCUGGUCAAAAUUCUUACUUCCUCACGGAUAG